CGGAACGUACCUCUACCAUCAACGCCGUUUGUUAUAUGCCCGAGCCGCCCCGUCUCCGUCGCCGCACCCAUUAACCACCACCCAUCCGCCCAUCACUCCCCCUUUUUCUCCCCACCUCGCUCUCUUCUUUCCCCUUCUUCUUUUGUGCGAGUUCUACCAAGCCGAAUUCGGUUUUUACCAAUCUUUCUUUUGGGUUCUGCUUCUACCAUUUUUCCUUCCAAGGAAUCCAACAAGCAAGGAUGUACGCCCUCCGCCCAACCCUCCGCCGCUCCGCCGCCGCAGCCCUCACCCACUCCAAAAACCACAACUACGGCAUGACGCCCGGCCCGCUGGCUCUCCUACCGCCCAUCUAUUUGUAUAGGCGCUUGCUUCGCGCGCACAGAAAAUACUUGCCAAGGGAGAUGCGGCUGUUGGGGGAUGAGUAUGUCAAGGCCGAGUUUCGGGCGCAUCGGAGUGUGGAUAAUCCGGCGCAUUUGAUCGGCUUCCUCACAGAGUGGCAACUCUACGCCCAAAAAAUCGAAGGAAACUCGUGGGUAGGCGAAAAGUUGGACAAGGGCAAGGUUGAAAAGAUGAGCGACGAGCAAAUCGGUCAACUAUACGAACUCAUGCAAGCUAUCCAAAAGCGCGGAACCGAAGGGGAUCUUGAGGACGGUGACGGUGGAGAGUCCGGUCAAAAGUCGCAAUGAUCGCUGUAAUUAAAGGUUUUAUGUUUCGAUAAGUGUACGGCUUGUUUCUGUUCUUUGUGUUCAAGUAUUUGUACAACUAAGCUAUCUAAAUCAAACGCUUAUGAGGAAGUCAAGUACACGAG